GGGCCUGCCAAAACCGGGCCUCCGGCUCACCUUCCCUCUCUCUGCUACAUGCUUUCCUGUGAUCCCAUCAACUUCCAACACAAAAUCAUCAAAAGUUCAGAGACCGGGCCCAUCAAGAUGGACGAGCCGGGAAGCAAGGAUGACGUUACCAACCGGGCUCCGGUCGAGUUAUGGGUGAUGAUCAUCUCGAACCUCGACCUGGGCGACUUGAACAACCUCUCCCGCGUCGCUCGCAGCUUUUACCAUCGCUUUUCCGGGUACCUCGCUACCUGGCAUGUCGAUAAGCAAACCAAGUUGGGGGCUGACCGGGUCCAAUGCCUCAGCGAGCUUUUCAUCCACGCGGCAAGGGUUGACUCGACGAAACUGCUGGAUACGUUGAUGACCAACUACCGGACCGAGUUCGGUCUAGACGGUUAUAUCGGCCUCGAUGGCUUGGAGGAGACCACCUUUCUCGAUUUUGCAAUCGCCGCUGACGCUCCAAGGGUGGCGUGUCGCCUGAUCAAGGCCGGAUGCGGCUUCGAGUCGUCCUCGUCCUCGUCCUCGCCCAGCCGCCAGUGUCCGGACCAAGGCGCCCUUUUCUCCGCGCUUAUCGAAUGCGGGAGCCCGCGAUUGUCGGCAUCAUCGCAGAGAUGCGUCAACGAGGGCCUGCGCGUUGCCUGCUAUCGCGCCAUGCCGCGGACGGCGCGGUUCCUUCUGGCCCGAGGCGCCGAUGCCAACAUCGAGGGGCGCUACUCCGAACCCGUCAUCCAACUUGCGCUCGAGAAGCGAGAAGUGUCACGACGCGACGCCGAAUUGCAGCCAUUCCUGAGUGACGAGGUCCGCUGGCACCGAGGACGACUCCAGCUGCGGCGGGACCCAGACCCGGACGAGGCAGCAGCCGUCGAGAAGCUGAUGGGCCAAUACGGCCCUUCUCUGGCCAUUGCACUCCCCAUGAUCAACCUGCUCGAGCGCGAGAGAAACGCGUGGUUCCCCAUUCUCGAUUUGGAAGGCUUGUCGCGCCACGAAGAGCUGUCCAUCCCGGUCCAAUCGGCGGCCGACGAGGCCCGGAACCGCAACAUCGGCCAGACGGUCGCCGCGCUCCUCGACUUUGGCGCAGCCGUCGAUGUCCGCACACGCUCCGCCGUCCGCGUCCACACCUGCACCUACAGGUGUUGGCGCUGGGUCAACUGCGAUCACGGCGGCCGAACCCUCCUUCACGUCGCGGCGGCCGAGGGCAUCGCCGACGCCAUCCCCCAUCUCCUACUAGCCCGCAGCGACCCGCAGGCCACGGACGACGGGGGCAACAUCCCUCUCUACACGGCCCUCACGCACGGCAACCUCGACGCCGCCUUCGCCCUGCUGGCAGCGCUGCCCGACGAGCCCGCAAACCCGACCGUCUGCACCGACAAGAGAAGAACGGGGAUCGCCGCCACCACCACCACCACCACCAACACCAUGACGACCACGACGGCGCUCCACGCGGCAGCGCGCCUGGCCUUCUUCCCCGUCGUGCACGCCCUCCUGGACCGGGGCGCCGACCCGGACGCGACAGAUGCGGCCGGCCGCACGCCGCUGCACGAGCUGCUGGGCAACCAGGACGUGACGCGGCCGUGGUGGAUCCUCGCGACGCUCGAGGUGCUGCUGGAGCGCGGGGCGAACGUCCACCUGCGCUCCCGCUCCCGCGACCGCGACCGCGGCGGCGACGGCAAUAAUGACGAAGACGACGAGCAGCCCGGCACCGCGGUUAUGGGUGUGUGUGUGCGGAAGGGCAAGAAGAAGAAGAAGAAGAGCAGAAACGAAGGCAGGGCAAAAAGUCGCGGCGGGGGGCCCGGCCUCGGUAUGGAGGGCGCCGGUGCGGGUGUCGGGGUCGGGGUCGGUGUUGGUGUUGGUGUCACCCCUUACGAGAUGGGCUUGGCGCACCCGCUGCCUGCCGUGCGCGGGCGGUUCGCCUGGCGGGGGCGACCGCCGGCUUACAUGACGGUACUACCGUCGGGCCCGUCGAUCGAGGAGGUGCGGCGGGAGCUGGCGGAGAGGAAGGUCGGGCGGAGCAGGAAGUUCAUGGACGAGUGGGGCACGCGGUACGAUGCGCUGGCCGACUCGGCGGCGUUUCCCUCCCUGGGGACCGCCGGCGGCAGCACCGUCGGCGGGGCAGCAGCCAGCGCGGGAAUGGCGAUGAGGUUGGGGAAUCCGUGGUCGAGUGAUGGUGGCGGCGGGGGCGGCGGCGGCGGCGGGCGGUCUGCAGCCAUGGGCGUUUGGACGUCGAAAGGGAAGAACAAAACCAACCGCGGCGGACAGGCCGACGAACUGUUCCCUGUGCUCGGCGACAGCUCGAGCUCUCCGAUCGGUGGGCGUGAGUCAACGUCGUCCCAGAGAGACAAGGUCCAACAACUGGUGAAGCCUGCUGGCGUCUCAGAUGGGGGUAUGAGUUGGGCCGCCGUGACUGCAGGUGGCAGGCCGGGAAGAGGGCAGAGGAGCGGAGGCCCCCGGGAGCGAAGUGGGCGUGCCUCGAUCUCGGGCGAGACGCAGAGCAGAGAUACUGGCGAACGUAUUAGACCAGGCCACGGGGCGAGCGGUGUCCCUAGCGGUAGAGGUAGCCGUGGGGGUUCGAGGUCUAAGCCGGGGUCGAAAGCGUGUUUCACCUAAUGCUCUACACUAUAUUAUAGUGACUAUAUGCGACGCUGGCCUACCCGGCGCCG